AUGCUGACUCUAGUAAAUGAGUACCACCUUACAGCCCCACAUGGAGCCACUAAAACUGAUCUGCACAACCUUAUCCAGGACCACUUAUUAGACAAUGAUGCUAUUACUCCUGAAUCUCAUGAACAUUACUUAAUUGAAGACAAGAACGCCUUGGCAGCCAUAAAAUUGAAGCUAGAACUCGCUAAUGCUGAACAUGAACGUCUGAAAGAACAAGCUGCCUUUGAGAAGGAAGCUCUCCAAAGGAAGGAACGAGAAGCUGAGCUUCAACUUAAGCUCGCUGAAAAACAAGCCGAACUUGAGAAAGAACAAGCUGCCCUACAACGUGUGCAGGUUGAAUUACAACGUGAGCGUGAGAAGGAAACUCUUCAGCUCGCUAAAAAACAAGCUGCCCUACAACGUGAGCAGGUUGAAUUCCAACGUGAGUGUGAGAGGGAACAGCUCGAAGUAAAAGAACGCGAGCUGAAGAUACAACGUGAACAUGAGAAGAAACAAGCCGACAUGACUCUAGACCACCGUAGAAAAGAACUCGACUUGGAAACUACACACCACACUCGGCCUUUUCCCAUGACAGGAAUUCAACUUCUCUUGGUGGAAAAUCCUGUUUUGCAGUUGGUUGAAGAGGUCCAAUCAAAAGAUUCUGAAGACAUCUUCCCUCCUAUUAUGGUGACGAAGCGGGCCACAGCUGCUGCAGCUGUUCCUCAAGAUCCUCCGAGCCUCCCACCAAAUCUCACAGUGCUGGAAUUCCGACUAACGGGACCAACGGGACUAGCAGGACUAACGGGACCAACGGGACCAGCAGGACUAACGGGACCAACGGGACCAGCAGGACUAACGAGACCAACGGGACCAGCAGGACUAACGGGACCAACGGGGCCUGCAGGACUAACGGGACCAACGGGACCAGCAGGACCAACAGGGCCUGCAGGACUAACGGGACCAACGGGGCCUGCAGGACUACCGGGACCAACGGGGCCUGCAGGACUAACGGGACCAACGGGGCCUGCAGGACUAACGGGACCAACAGGACUAAUGGGACCAGCAGGACUAACGGGACCAACGGGACCAGCAGGACUAACGGGACCAACGAGACCUGCAGGACUAACGGGACCAACGGGGCCUGCAGGACCAACGGGACCAGCAGGACUAACGAGACCAACGGGACCAGCAGGACUAACGGGACCAACGGGGCCUGCAGGACUAACGGGACCAACGGGACCUGCAGGAUUAACGGGACCAACGGGACCAGCAGGACUAACGGGACCAACGGGGCCUGCAGGACUAAUGGGACCAACGGGACCAGCAGGACUAACGGGACCAACGGGGCCUGCAGGACUAACGGGACCAACAGGACUAAUGGGACCAGCAGGACUAACGGGACCAACGGGACCAGCAGGACUAACGGGACCAACGAGACCUGCAGGACUAACGGGACCAACGGGGCCUGCAGGACUAACGGGACCAACGGGACCAGAAGGACUAACGGGACCAACGGGACCAGCAGGACUAACGGGACCAACGAGACCUGCAGGACUAACGGGACCAACGGGGACUAACGGGACCAACGGGGCCUGCAGGACUAACGGGACUAACGGACCAGCAGGACUAACGGGACCAACGGGACCAGCAGGACUAACGGGACCAACGGGACCAGCAGGACUAACGGGACCAACGGGGACUAACGGGACCAACGGGACCAGCAGGACUAACGGACCAACGGGACCAGCAGGACUAACGGGACCAACGGGACCAGCAGGACUAACGGGAUUAAUAGGACUAAUGGGACCAACGGGACCAGCAGGACUAACGGGACCAACGGGACCUGCAGGACUAACGGGACCAGAAGGACUAACGGGACCAACGGGACCAGCAGGACUAACGGGACCAGCAGGACUAACGGGACCAACGGGCCUGCAGGACUAA